AUGGUCUCUUUUCCUGGAGUGAAAUUGCGCUCCGAGUGCAUUCAACAGUAUGACUAUUUGAUUCACCCAGAAAAGUAUACAUCGGCUUCGCAGACACAGGAGAAGAAGCAGUCGCGAGUGAAGCGAGAGAGUGAGGAGAAGCACAAGCGUCGAUAUGUUCGGAAGGCAAUCCACACGCCAUCCCCAUCUCGUGUCUCUCAGCCGAUUUUGCCUCCUGAUUAUUACAAUUGGACGUCUGCCCGUCAAGCUGCUUGGAACGAAAUUCCGUUCAACGCGAACGAGUAUUAUAUGAAGUAUCUGCCUCCUGGAAUCGAGCCUUCGACUCGUUGUUGGGACGCAGAAGAGCGCAGCGAGUUUCUGAGUGCAUUGAAAAACUAUCCUCCGAAGGGGAAAUGGGGUUUGUUCUCGCUGCACAUGCUGGGGAGAACGGGAAAAGAGGUGAGGAAGGGAGGGCGAGUUGAGACGUAG